AUGGUACAGAUUCGGCCUCACCUCGAAGGAACACUUCUGUUUAGCUCGCAGAUUGUUUGUGCAACGCGACCCAUAAACUACAUCCUAUUCAGGCCGACUGGAAGCCGAUCGAGAAUCGGUAAAUUUCCAGAAAGUCAUUUUUCAGGUUGUGUAGUUGAGCCCGGCACCGGCGACCCGAGGUGGAUGAUGUCAUUCGAAGUGUGUUUCUUCAUGUGCCUCUGGAACUUUGUAGAUUCACAGACUUGGAGCAGGUUCCUUCUAAAACAGGUGAACCCAUUUAAAGCAAAGAUGCUGAUAUUUUCCGUGAAAGAACGGGCCGUUCCCUCACAGCCCGUCGAUCUGAUGAUGAGCAGCAUUCUAGAAAGGGAGGUGGUGCUCAACUGGGAAAAGCCGCUUCGCAACUAUGCCUCCAUCAGCUCCUAUAUGGUGGCAGUGUACAGCCAGCAGUCACCAGAACAAAUAUUUUCUACGGUGGCCCUUUGCUUCGCCGCUGUGGUUAGUUUGGAGAGGAUCUGGGCCCUAACCGGCACUUGCCUCCGUUCGUCGUGGGCAAACCUACGGCCCGCAAACCUUGUUCCAUCGGACGGGCUGACAACCACUUCGUCUUUAUUUUGUCUACAAUGCAAAACUGAUCCGGGCUCAAGGUCCCGAUUAGAAGUUCAUGCAAGUGUCAGCGAUUACGCCACCUCUUUCGUUGGUUCGGACUGA